GUGGAGCUAUGCCGAGUGAUUGACGUUGAGGCCCAACCAGGGAGAGGCGGGGCCAAGGCCAGGGCCUGACUAAACCUGGAGACUCGGGUGGCCGAGGGGCUUCAUCCCAGCUGAGGAGCGAGGAGCCGCUUGCGGCCGCGGAUCUCACAGCCGCUCGGGGUCUCCUUGACAGAUGGAAAACCUGAAGUAACCUCAGGCUAGCUAACCUUGUGUUUUUGGGAAACUAGACUUGCUGGUGAAAUCCCUGGGGGUAAUAGGAUCUUAGCUCACUUUGCGUGGCCGCGUGUACAGUGUUGCAGCAGCGUUCCAACACGGACGAACCAAAAUACACGAAGUGUUCCCAGGGGGAACUAAGGAAAUUGGAUUUUUAGAAGACUGCUUUUUCUAAAAAGGUUUUUAGAACUUCAGCUAUAAAAAUGGGCAGAAUUUUCCUUGAUCAUAUCGGUGGUACCCGUCUGUUUUCUUGUGCAAACUGCGACACAAUCCUGACCAACCGCUCAGAACUCAUCUCUACUCGGUUCACAGGCGCCACUGGCAGAGCGUUUCUUUUUAAUAAGGUAGUUAACCUGCAGUACAGUGAAGUCCAAGACCGGGUCAUGCUCACGGGCCGCCACAUGGUUCGAGAUGUGAGCUGCAAGAACUGCAAUAGCAAACUGGGAUGGAUCUACGAGUUUGCCACUGAAGACAGCCAGCGCUAUAAGGAAGGCCGUGUGAUCCUGGAGCGCGCCCUAGUACGAGAGAGUGAGGGCUUCGAGGAGCACGUACCGUCUGAUAACUCUUGAAGAAAAAGAGAUCACUCCAUCUUUUCCCAGGUCUCCUUCACUGAAAACAAAAAUCUACUUACAUACACUGUCACCUUAGCAUCAGGUCGGAUUCAUGAACUGCGGAACAAGAGGUUGUGAGAAUCUAAGAUGGAACUUUCCUUUCUUUCUUUCUUUCUUCCCUUUUUUUUUCUUUCUUUUUUUUUUUUUUAAUUUUCAGUUUUCCAUCCAGCAUCAGUGUGUAGAGAGAAUAUUAUGCAGAUGCCGUUAAUUUUUUUUUUUUCCCUGUGUUUACAUCUUGAGGCAGAAUAGUCUGUCUGCAGCUAUGUGAUGGGCUAUGUGAGGGGAAAAAAAUCUGGGCUAUUAGAGUGAAAAGGUGUGUUUUAUGUAAAUUUUGAAAGGAAAAUGUGUCAAGAGCAUGGUUUUUAAACUUAUUUGGGCUUCAUUUAAAAAAAUGUUUUUUUAAACCCAGUUAUUUCACCUGAUUUGCUAGCUUCAGGGAAGAGAUCCGAAUUUGUGACCAGCGCUAAAGGUUCAGUGUUAGUAUGGCUUGUGCUGGCCACUGUGCCAUAUUCUUGUUGGAGAUGAACCGUAGCCCCAGAGCCCAUCCUUCCUUGUCAGUCUUGACCCAAAGAUGUCACCAUUCCUAGUUAUUUGUCACCACAUAAUUGGUGUUGAUUGGAAACUUUUCCUGAAAUGGGGCAGAACUGCUUGGUUGUCUUUUCCAUGUAACUUAAGCAUAGUAAUAUAAAUAAAGUAAUAGUUGGA